UUCUUGCAGGCGCUGCGCCGCGCCGGCAGGGCUCGGGCGGGAGGGCUGGGCGUGCAGGAGGAGGACGUGUCCCGCUGGGGGCUGACAGGCAUUAAGCUUCGUCCAUAUCAAUUAGAUGGUGUAAACUGGCUGGUGCAAUGCUACCAAGUCCAGCAUGGCUGUAUCCUGGGUGACGAGAUGGGUCUUGGGAAGACUUGUCAGACUAUUUCUCUUCUUCUUUACUUGACAAAAAAAUUAACAAACAAAGAGAGAUUCCUGAUACUUUGUCCUCUGUCUGUUCUGACUAACUGGAAGGAGGAACUGGAGAGGUUUGCCCCAGGUCUCUCCUUUGUGACGUACAUUGGCAACAAGGAGGAGCGAUCCGAACUGCAGCACAACCUGAAAGAGCAAUCUCACUUCCACGUGCUCUUAACAACAUAUGAGAUUUGUCUGAAAGAUGCAGCAUUUCUCAAAUUUUUUGACUGGGCUGCCUUGGUUGUAGAUGAAGCUCACAGACUGAAAAAUCAGAACUCUCUGCUGUACGAAACGCUUACUGAGCUCCCAGUAGGUUUCAGCCUGCUACUCACAGGCACUCCAAUCCAGAACAGCCUCCAAGAACUGUACUCCUUACUCAGCUUUAUUGAACCUGAUAUUUUUCCUAGAAGACAAGUGAAAGAGUUUGUUGAGUAUUACCAAGCAGUUGAAAAGGAGAGUGAGCCAGCCAAAGAAUUGCACAAUCUUCUGCAACCAUUUUUGCUUCGAAGAGUCAAGUCCGAGGUGACUGCAGACCUUCCGAAGAAGGUGGAAGUGGUUUUGUACCAUGGAAUGUCAGCUCUGCAGAGGAAGUACUACAAAGCUAUUUUGACAAAAGAUCUAGAUGCAUUUGAAGGUGAAACAGGAAGGAAGGUUACACUUCAGAAUGUCUUAAUACAGCUUCGGAAGUGUGUUGCCCACCCGUACCUUUUCAAUGGUGUUGAGCCAGAGCCCUUUGAGAUUGGAGAUCACAUUGUUGAAGCCAGCGGCAAACUGUGUUUGUUGGAUAAACUCCUUUCAUUCUUGUAUGAUGGUGGCCAUCGUGUCUUGCUCUUUUCUCAGAUGACUAAACUGCUUGACAUUCUGCAAGACUACAUGGACUAUAGAGGCUAUAGCUACGAGCGGCUGGACGGUUCUGUAAGAGGUGAAGAGAGACACCUUGCCAUUAAGAACUUUGGUCAACAGCCCAUCUUUGUCUUCCUGCUGAGCACCAGAGCAGGAGGAGUUGGCAUGAACCUGACGGCAGCAGAUACAGUUAUUUUUACUGACAGUGAUUUUAACCCACAGAACGACUUGCAAGCAAUAGCAAGAGCUCACCGGAUUGGGCAGCACAAGCCUGUAAAAAUUAUUCGCUUGAUUGGACGAGACACAGUUGAAGAAAUAAUCUACCGAAGAGCUGCUUCCAAGCUUCGACUGACAAAUGCCAUUGUAGAGGGAGGUCAGUUCGCCUUUGGCGUACGCAAACCUCAGGAAGCAUCAGAUUUACAGCUGAGUGAAAUCCUGAAAUUUGGCUUAGAUAAAUUGCUGUCCUCUGAGGGAAGUACUGUCCAGGAUGUGGAGCUGGAAAACAUCCUUGGAGAGACAAAAGGAGGGAAGUGGGUAAUGGAUGUUGUCCUGCCAUGUGAAGAAGAGAAGAAGGAGGAUGACACAGAAAAUCACAUGUAUGUGUAUGAAGGCAAAGAUUAUUCAAAAGAACCCAGCAGAGAAGAUAAAAAAGCAUUUGAUCAGCUUUUGGAUCUUCAGAAAGCCUUGACCGAAGAGACCAGUAAAGAAGGGAGAGCUCUCCGAAACAAAGCAAAUACUCUUCUUACAGGCCUUCGGGACCAGUCAACAAGGAGGAAACACUUGUUGAGCACAGAGGAGCUGGAGACUAGGAGGAAGAAGCGCCAAGAAGCAGCUGCAAAGAGAGCAAAGCUUAUGGAGGAAAGGAGAAAGGCAAAAGCAGAGGCAGAGCACAUGAAAAAGAUGGCUUGGUGGGAGUCAAAUCAUUACACAUCUACAUGUCUCCCUUCAGAGGAAAGUGGGUCUGAGGAAGAGUUUGAGGAGGGGGAGGCUGAGCUGAAUGUAGAUUUGGAUUACAGAGAUGUGGACCUAAACUGUAUCAAGUACGUCAUGGGAGAUGUCACCCACCCCAAAGCAGAAGAGGAGGAUGCCAUUAUUGUCCACUGCUUAGAUGACUCUGGUCGCUGGGGAAGGGGUGGUUUGUUUACAGCUCUGGUGAGUCGUUCUGAUCAGCCAAGAAGAAUAUAUGAGAUGGCAGGGAAGAUGAAAGACCUGCAGUUAGGAGGGACCCUGUUAUUUCCCAUUGAUGAUAAAAAAUCCAGGAGAAAAGGACAAGACUUGUUGGCCUUGAUUGUAGCUCAGCACCGGGAUCGGUCCAACAACUUGUCUGGCAUUAAGCUGUCUGCUUUGGAAAAGGGCCUGAAGAAGAUUUAUUCAGCAGCUAAGAAAAGGAAUGCAACAGUGCACUUUCCACGUAUUGGGUAUGCAACAAAAGAUUUCAACUGGUAUGGUACUGAACGGCUCAUCCACAAGCACUUGGCAGCACGGGGUAUCCCCACACUCGUAUACUACUUCCCUAGAAAUAGAGGCUCUGCUUCACAACCGUCUUCAUCAGUAACAGCCUCAAAGCCAUGAAGACACAAAAUUUUACUGAGAAACAUGCACAAAACCCAAGGAUCGUUUUAUACACCAUGUAGACAGUCUUCAGUAUGCAUCCACUUCAGAAACAUAUCUUACACAGCCUUUUCUUAUCUCUGUACCUCUCUGCUUUUAUUGGUCAUAACAUUUAUGUAUUGUCAAUGGCUCUAAAAUGGAAUUACACUGCUUCAGAGUUCAAAGAGACUUGGGACAAGGAUGCUGGCACAAUCCUAAAUCUGUUUUGAAGAUGGAAAAUUAAACUUUCAUCUAUGCUUUCAUCUAUGGUCACUAGUUAUCUCUUACAUUAUUUUCUUUCUGGGGCUUGGAAUGCAGUAUCAUUUGACUUUUUUCACCUCUUUCAGAUUUCAUCCCUAUAUUUCAUAGGGAUUUCAUAUAUUUCAUCCCUAUAUACAUCACACUAUAUUUUUCUUCACCAGCUUUUAAUGGUUUCCUGGUACUGUCUAAAUGCACACAAGCCUCUCAGUGGAAAGUUAAAUUUCUUUCAAAAGGAAUUAAUGAAAGGAAAUUAAUGACACCAUAUGACACCUGCACAGUGUAAACUGUUACAUAUUGUUCCAGUUCCCCAGAAGCCCAAUUGACUUGCAUUUGUUCAAAUAUAAAAUUUAACCACAUAAUGAUGCACUUACGACCUAGCAGAAUCCUGACCAGAAUUCUUGGCAAAGGCUUGCAAGGCUGCUGAAAUUUGAGACUGGUUUUAUAAAUGACAGCCUUCCCACAACUGCUUUUGCAUUACACAGUUCUUUGACUGCUGCAGCUGUUGUAUUUUUUUUAUUUGUUGGCCAGAAUGCUGUGUGAAAGGUACCAUCACCCUUUGAUCCAACUAAAGAAAAUCUUAGUGCAGGUUUUUUGAUGUUACCUUUAUUGCAAAGAUCUUUUCUGAGUUGUUUGGGUUUUUUUUUUUUUGUGCUGUUGGCACUGUUGGCUUUAGUGUGUAGGGUACGACCCAACAACAGUAGCUCUGAUAGCAGGUGUUUUGUCCAUAAAGAAAUACAGUGAAUUGCCAAAAUUUAAUUCAUUGGUAAGCUCAGCUUCCAAAAGGAAGUCACCCCACAAGCAAUGGAAAGUAUGUCUUUAAAUGUCUAAUUGCCAACACGCUCUUCACUUGUUGAAUCUACACUGUCUCUGUAGCAAUAUCUGUUUACUUAAUAUCAAGCCUGACACUUAGCAGGGUUCGUCUCACUGACUGAUGUUCUCCAUGCUAGAAGGAGCCUUCCCAAACUGGACUUUCUGUUGCGUGCUGUUAGUUGUACCAGGAAAGCUGAAGUGAUUCAUUAUCUUCUUUGACCCCGCUGAAACUACUGCUGCAAAGCCUCGCUGUGGGUGUAAGACCUUUUCUUUGGCUUCUCAGAGGAAUAAUGCUUGUUGUAUUUGGCAAAGGGCUUGUGGGAGCAGGGUCUGACUGUACAGCGUUCCUGGGGUGAAAGGUGGUGGUGAAUAGAUGUACAUGAUGUUUCACUCCUUACAUGAGCUGGCACUCUUCCAGCUGGCCGGCUGGUGGCACUGUUAAUCAGCUACAGCAGCACACGUUGCUCUCGGGCCUCUUUUCAGAGAGCAGGGCCACGAUCUCCUGCCUGGAAAAAUAUGAACUCCUUGCCAGAAUGAAUGUGUCAGUUACGCUUUUCCCUUGGUCAGCUUCAAUGAACGCUUAAUGCGUAAUUUCGGUCUGAAGACUCGAGCUCUGUACCUCUACCUCUUGAUUUCCUUUAUAUUUAUUGCCCUUAAAAAGGUUUAAUUCCCAAGUGUUCCAGCGUGUGUAGAUUUGUUCUGCAGCUGCAUGCACAAUUGUGACCCAAUCUUAGCCCAGCUACAGGUUCUCUGGCCGCCAUGCAGUUACACGUGACCGAAGUUUGUAAGCACUGAGCAUAACCUAUACUGCAACUACAGCCAGGUAUUCCUAGUUGAGACCUCAUGGCUUCCUUCUCAUAGAAGUUGGGACUCUGCUCCUGUCCUGUAUCCCCACCCCUUUAGCACAUCUGACAGAUAUUAAGGAGAGGAGGGCACGAUUUCUUGCUUAUUAAUAUCCCUUACCCUCUAAGUUGAUGCCCACAGGGGGCUGAAAGGAUCGUGUCACAUGCAGGGGAUGGAGCAGAGCAGAUUCUAGCCCUCUAACUUAAAGACAAGUCAGUCAACAGACAUCCUCUUUUCCCCUUCUAUUCUUCUUGGCCUGUAAUUUACCCUUUUUUUUUUUUUUUUUUUUUCCUUUUGAAUUUACCCAGGAUAUGCUUCUGGAGGGGAUUGUUUUUUUCUUUUUUGAACAUUAAAGUUUACAGAAGCCAAAGGAAGGUCCUACCUCCAACUGCCUCGAAUCUGAAAUAAGAUUUCAGCUGAAUCCUGAACUGUGUUUUGUAGGAUUUCUGCCAAAUGAAGCUUUCCUAGUUUGCUACCCACCACCAUUUCUUUUUAUUUGGGCAGAAAUUGUGUAUUUUGGAUGAUGAAUUCCAUGAAGGGCUCUGUAGCUUUUUUGUUAGUUGCUAUGCAAAAUAAAUGUCAUGCUGUUUCUUCA